AUGGCGCAGUACUUCUUCGAUCUGCUCUACAACUUCACAGAUUGCAUGUGUUGUUUCCCCAGCUCACCACAGCUGAAGAUCAACAAUCGCAGCUUCAAGCUCCUGCGACUGCUGGGUGAGGGCGGUUUCUCCUACGUUUACCUGGUCCAAGAUAAAAACACCUCCGAACUGUUCGCACUCAAGAAGAUCCGGUGUCCCUUUGGCCAAGAAUCUGUCUCGCAAGCUCUAAAGGAGGUCGAGGCUUACAACCUGUUCACCGGACAAGACAACAUCAUCCACUCGAUCGACCACUGCGUUUCAACAGAAUCAGGCUCGAAAUUCCGGUCUGAUGGUGGAGAUGCGGGAUCAAAGACCGUUUAUAUUCUACUGCCGUACUACCAACGGGGUAAUCUGCAAGAUGCGAUUAACGCGAAUCUGGUCAACCACACCAGAUUCCCGGAGAAGCGGUUGAUGAUGCUGAUGCUUGGCGUUGCCAAUGCGCUGCAAUCCAUGCACCAGUAUCGCGUGAAGAGCAAUGCACCAUCUACCCGUAAGGCAAAGGGGGCCCGAAGGGAAGGCGAGGAGGCGGAUGCCGAGCGAUCCAUGCAGAUGAAGCCGAAGCGCAGAGCGAGCCAGAUGCGCGGAGACGACGACGAUGAGGAGAAUGAACCGCUGAUGGAGGAUGAGGUGACACGUAGUCAGGAGGGUGUUCAGGAUGGUGGGUUGCGUCCUUAUGCACAUCGCGACAUUAAGCCUGGCAACAUUAUGAUCGAUGACGAUGGCCAGUCACCCAUUCUGAUGGACCUCGGCUCCCUCUCCCCGAGCCCGAUCGCGAUUACCUCCCGUUCCCUCGCGCUGGCGGUCCAAGACACUGCUGCCGAGCACAGCACAAUGCCAUACCGAGCCCCGGAGCUCUUCGACGUGAAGACGGGAUCGAUCAUCGACACCAAGGUGGACAUCUGGUCAUUGGGAUGCACCCUGUACGCCUGCCUGGUCGGAAAGAGCCCAUUCGAAGCGCGCAGUGAAGAGACCGGUGGUAGCCUGAGCAUGUGUGUUCUCGGCGGAGACUGGCGAUUCCCGGAUGAGAAGUCCACGGCCACAAAGGGCAAGGGCAAGGUCAGCGCUGCUGAGAAUGAUGCCGCAUCAUCCAGCAAUGGCCCUGCGAUCAGUGCUCCGGUCAAAGAGCUUGUCCGCAAGUGUCUCCAGGUCGAGGCUUCAGAGCGCCCAGACAUUGAGGAAUUGAUCCAACUCAUCAAGGACGUUAUUAGCGAGUUGCCGAAUGACGACGACAUCGCGGGUUCAUCACACUGA